AUGUACUACCUUGUGCCAAAGACAACCUACGGGAACCUUCAGUGUUCCUCUUUAGCGAUGACUUUUCAUGAGAGGGGGGAGAGCGGUGAUGUGUUAUCUUGCGCCUGUAGGCUUUACCUCUAUAUAAUGCCUCUUUUUUUUAACACUUUUUUGAGGCAGAAGUAUUUUCAGCUAUGUUCUAAUACACCAUACAGGAACAAUGGUGAAGCCCGUUAUUUUUGCCAUUUGUUUAGGUGUUCUAUUAUCUAA